ACUAAUCGAUCCACGCUGUUGAUUUCUGCGAUCUCGGAUUUCCUGGUCAGAUGAGAGCACGGAAAACACAUCAACAAAUCAUCACUCUCACUCUAUCACAUCGGAAGUCUAUUGUUAAUAUAACUUAAACGGCCGGGUGAUCGCCCCGAGUAAAGGACUAGUUUCAAGUUAUCUGUGUGGUCUCCCUGUAUCCGUGUUAAAGAUGUCUGCGUCCGCUGGCGGUGCUGUAUCUCCGGGCUCGGCCCUCUCACCCGGUCCCGCUGCGGCUCCCGGCUCCGGUAUGUCCAUGUUCCGAUGGCUGGAGGUGCUGGAGAAGGAGUUUGACAAGGCGUUUGUGGAUGUGGAUAUGUUACUGGGAGAGAUCGACCCGGAUCAGGCCGAUAUCACAUAUGAGGGCCGACAGAAGAUGACCAGUCUCAGCUCAUGUUUUGCUCAGCUGUGUCACAAAUCCCAAACCAUCUUUCAGCUCAACCACAAACUAGAGGCUCAGUUGGUGGACCUGCGCUCGGAGCUGACAGAUGUCCAGGCGGAGAAGGCUGUGGUGGAGAAGGAGGUUCAUGAACAGCUUCUUCAGCUCCACGCCAUGCAGCUCAAACUCCAAGCCAAAGGCGGACAGGCGGUCGACUCUGACUCCAUCAAGGACAGGAUGCCUGUGCCUUCAGUGGAGGACAAGGAGAAGGAACUGGAGGCCAGUAAGAAAGAAAAAGUGAAGGAGGCCAAGUUGGAGGCAGAGGUGAAGAUGUUGAAGAAAGAGAACGAGGCCCUCCGCAGGCACAUUGCGGUACUACAGGCUGAGGUGUACGGAGCCAGACUGGCGGCCAAGUAUCUGGACAAAGAGCUGGCUGGGAGGGUGCAGCAGAUCCAGUUGCUUGGGCGAGACAUGAAAGGACCGGCUCAUGACAAACUGUGGAACCAGCUUGAAGCUGAGAUUCACCUUCACCGCCACAAAACGGUGAUCCGAGCCUGCAGGGGGCGCAAUGAUCCCAAAAAACCCUUGCCAUCACCUGUGGGGCAUGAUACAGAUUCUCUGAAAAAGACUCAGGGAGUCGGCCCUAUACGCAAAGUGGUUCUGACCAAAGAAGAUCAUGAAGGACUUGGCAUCUCCAUUACCGGCGGGAAAGAGCAUGGUGUUCCCAUCCUCAUCUCCGAAAUCCACCCCACCCAGCCUGCAGAGCGCUGCAGAGGACUGCAUGUUGGAGAUGCCAUCUUAGCCGUCAACAACAUCAACCUGCGAGACGCAAAGCAUAAAGAGGCUGUCACCAUCCUCUCACAGCAGAGGGGGGAAAUCGAGUUUGAGGUGGUUUACGUGGCUCCAGAGGUGGACUCUGAUGAUGAGAAUGUGGAGUAUGAAGAUGACAGCGGACACCGCUACCGUCUGUACCUGGACGAGCUGGAGGAGGCAUCAGCAGCCAGUCACAACAAUGGCACUGCCGACCCCGCUUCCCUACAAGCUGUAGGGAAGCACUUAGUGAACAACAGAACAGAGAAUGGAGAUGCCGCCUUGUCCAGUGAAUGCCCCUCAGACGACAAGACCUCCAAGACAGCAGAGUCUGGAGAGAGUUCCUCCUAGAUUUCCAGACUAACAGAAGGAUCCUGGAGACGAGAGAGAGAGGAGCGUCAGGCGCAGAGACAGAGACCAGAAAGAGAUUACGUCUGCACAUGUAUAAUAUGUAACAUACCAGAUUCUUCUUGUUUUAUGCCGUUUGGAGAACAGACUGCUUCAGCGUCCACUGGAGAUGGAUGAACCACUGAGAAACACUGAGAGAAGAGGACAUAAUGUUACUCAGUGGCCACAAAGGAUUGUUUGCAAAUGUAUGUCACCAUCUUGCUUUAUAGUUGUAAAGAAACAAUGACAAUUUACAUAGACGAGUAAAGUGAUGGGAUGGAA